AUGGGAGCGGGAGAGAGUGCGCCGGUACAGCUGGAGUUGAAGGAGGGGACCCAGCUGGACCCAGUCCUGGCGGGGCACAUCGUGGCGUGCUUCAAGGAGAACAACGAAAAGGGCAAGCCACUCACGCCCAAGCGGUUUGCGGACGUCAUGGAACAGGUGAGCAUCUUGUACGGCAGCGAAGUGGCCACCAACGACUAUGAAUACCUCUACAACUUGUUCGACCUGAACCACGACGGCAAGGCCGAGGUCAAAGCCCACUUCGCGAAGCUGGUGGAGUUCCUCACCGAGGUGGAGCAGCACCGCCUCCUGCAGCAGCGCGCCGUAUUUGCCCCCGGCAAAGCGCCCACCCAAGCGGCCCUCGCAAGCCUCACCAAGCAGCUGCAGGAAACGUCGGUCAACGCAGUCUUCAGUGCCGACGUCGAUGGCGAUGGCCAAAUCUCGAUGGUGCCGUGCCUCGUACUGUUGGCCCUGUUGGUUGGUGGUCACCUGGAAGAGGAGUGGGUGGCGGCGGUGAAGAGCAACGAGGAGGUCCAGCGCUUCGUCGUUCCCGAGCUCUUCCUGCGGGCCUUCAUGUCCGAAGUGCGCCAAGCCUACACCCCGCUGUAA